ACAAAAGAUGUCCCAUGUGCAUUAUACUUAAUUGCACAAACAUUUCUUAUUAAUGGCAGAUGCAGAGCAACAGGUUCAUAUUGUUCUAGUACAUGGCCUCUGCCAUGGGGCUUGGUGUUGGUACAAGCUGCAGCCGCUGCUCGAGGCGGCCGGCCACCGCGUGACGGUCCUUGACCUCGCCGCCUCCGGAAUUGACAGGAGAAAUGUGGAGGAUCUCCGCACAUUUAUCGACUACUCGCAGCCGCUACUGGACCUGAUGGCCUCAAUUCCGCCGGAGGAGAAGGUGCUUCUGGUGGGUCACAGUCUCGGUGGAAUGAAUCUGGCCUUUGCAAUGGACAUGUACCCUGAGAAGAUUAAGGUUGCUGUUUUCCUAACAGCUCUAAUGCCUGAUACCACAAAUAAACCAUCCUACGUUCCGGAACAGGUGUUGGCGGGAAUUACACCAGAAGAGUGGCUAGACACUGAGUUCAAAUCUUUCGGUCCCCCGGAGGACAAUCUAACUUCACUCCUUUUUGGCCCCAACUACAUCGCCACCAUUCUUUACCCACUAUCUCCUGCCGAGGAUGUGGCAUUAGCAAAUACGCUGGUCAGGCCAACCUCUCUAUUUCUUCAAGAUUUGUCCAACAGGAAUCCAUUCUCAAAAGAAGGGUAUGGAUCCGUGAAGAGGGUUUUCAUACAGUGCCUGCAGGAUAAGGCCAUUCCCAUAGAGUUUCAGCGCUGGGAAAUUCAGAACUUUGCACCGGACCAAGUGAAGGAAAUAGACACCUCUGAUCACAUGGUUAUGAUCUCAAGCCCCCAAGACCUUUCCCAGAGUCUACUUGAGAUUAUUGCAGAUUAUUAUGCUUAAAUAUUGAUUAUUUUUCCUACUAAAAUUGCUUUUGAUAAAUAAUGGAUGUCCUCUGUGGACAUUGCUUCGUGCAACUCAUGUACUACUGUCAGAUUUUGAGAAUAAAUUCAAAUAAAUAUUCUCUUUUUUAAAUA